CUCCCUCCCUACCAGAGCGAGUACCCUUCCCGACAUCCUCCGCGGCCUCAGCGUCCCGUCUCCAUGGUGACAGGAGAACACAUCAGUGAGAAGCGCACCGAGUCCGUAUCGUGUCUCUGGACAGUCGGCACGCCAUGUCGGCCAUCGUGGCUCAGUCGCAUCAUAUUUUCGGCCUGCGCUCUCAGGUGAUCAAUAACAUCUGUUACUUCGAUGAGCAGACCGUCAUCUUCCCGUCCGGCAACAACUGUGUCAAGUACAAUGUGGAUCAGAAAUGGCAGAAGUUCAUUCCGGGCUCAGAGAAGGGUCAGGGCAUGCAGGCGCUGGCCAUCAGCCCCAACCACCGCUACUUGGCCAUGUCGGAGAAGAGCUCAGACAAGGCCACCAUCACCAUCUAUGACCUGGCCUCCGUGCCGUUCAAGAAGAGAAAAGUGCUAAGCGCCCCGGACUUCCUCUCCCAGGCGUUCGUCAGUCUUUCCUUCUCCCCGGACUCCAAGUACCUGGUGGCUCAGUCAGGGGCUCCCGAAUGGCAGAUCAUCUUCUGGAUGUGGGAGAAGCAGAAAGUGAUGGCUACCGUGAAGGCGGACAGCCAGAAUAACCCCAUUUACCAGGUCAGCUUCAAUCCGAAUGACAACACACAGAUCUGCGUCACGGGUCACGGCGUCUUCAAACUAUUCCGCUAUGUGGAAGGAAACCUGAGGCAGACGAACUUCCAGAAAGUAGAACCUCAGAACUUCCUGUGUCAUGCGUGGCUGUCCGAGGAUCGUGUCAUCUGCGGCACAGACACGGGAAGGCUCUGCCUCUGGGAAUCCGGGGAUCUGCGCUGGGAGCAGAACAUCGCAGGAAGAGGCGUUCCACAACCACAAUCCGACAAACGGGGCGAGUCAUCCGAGGAUGGACGCACAUUCUCAGCCAUUGACAGCGCCAGCUCGUCUCCAGUGCGUGUAAAUGCAAUUUUGGCUUACUCCAAAGGUUUCCUGUGUUCCGGGGGCCCCGGCAAAGUCUGCAUGUAUGAUAAAGUAGAAGACCGAGAACUCUACAAAAGAGUCCGCAACAUCAAAAUCCCACCAGAUGAACGCAGUAAUGACCCCGGCCUAUCCGAUCAGCAGGAAGUGUUGUGUAUGUGCCUGAGCCCCUCGGAAGAGACGGUACUUGUCAGUACCAAUAAGAGCCAGCUAUACAGCAUCGCCCUGUCUUCUGCUGAGAUCAGUAAGGGAGAUGAUGCUGUCUUUGAGUUCUUGACUGAGUCUUGGCAUUCAUCUUCCAUUACUGGUCUGAGCAUCUGUAUCCGCAAGCCUCUCAUCGCUACCUGCUCCCUGGACCGCUCUGUGCGCAUCUGGAGCUACGAGAACAACACUCUUGAGCUUUACAAGGACUAUCAGGAAGAAGCCUUCAGCGUCUCUCUUCACCCAUCCGGACUGCACGUCCUUGUGGGCUUCUCAGACAAGUUGCGUCUCAUGAACUUACUUAUUGAUGACAUCCGUCCAUUCAAAGAUUUCACAGUCCGUGGCUGCCGAGAGUGCGCCUUCAGUCAUGGUGGGCAUCUUUUUGCAGCUGUUAAUGGAAACGUCAUCCAUAUUUACUCCACAACAACCUUUGAAAAUACCGCUAACCUGAAAGGGCACAAUGGAAAGGUGCGCUCUGUGGCCUGGAGUGCAGAUGACAGUAAACUGGUGUCUUGCGGCCUGGACGGCGCUGUGUACGAAUGGAAUACACUCACCGGUAAGAGGGAAUCUGAAUGUGUCCUGAAAUCCUGCAGCUACAGCUGCAUCACCCUGCUGGCCGACUCCAAAACCAUUUUCGCAGUCGGAUCCGACCAGACGCUGAAGGAAAUUAGUGACUCCCAGAUUGUGCGGGAAGUUCCGUCCUUUGAUGUCACAUACACAGCCGUUGCCAUCUCUCACUCUGGAAAGAUGAUAUUUACAGGCACCUCGGUUGGUACUGUACGCUCCAUGAAAUACCCUCUACCGCCACAAAGGGAGUAUAAUGAGUACCAGGGCCAUGCAGGGCCAGUCACCAAGCUGAUGGUGACAUACGACGACCAGUAUCUUCUGUCCGUUUCUGAAGACGGCUGCCUGAUGCUGUGGAAAAUCUCCGACAAAGAGGGUCGAGGACUCAAAAGAGAUAAAGAGAUGGGGUAUGCCGAAGAGGUUCUGAUUACCAAGUCUGACCUGGAGGAAAAGAACCAGGUGAUGUUGGAGCUAAAAACCCGCGUGGAGGAACUGAAAAUGGAGAACGAAUAUCAACUCCGCCUGAAAGACAUGAAUUAUAACGAGAAGCUCAAAGAGCUGACUGAGAAGUUCAUCCAGGAAAUGGAGGUGCUGAAGACCACAAACCAGAUUCUAAAGGCUGAAGCUGAGAAACAAGAACUGAAACAUCAGGAGAACGUGGCUGAAAUUAUAGAAAAACAUUCUCAAAUGAUGCAGGAUCUGGAGACGGCCAAUAACCAGAAGCUGCUGCUGGAGUAUGAAAAGUACCAGGAGCUGCAGAUGAAGUCACAGCAUAUGCAGGAAGAAGAUGAACGUCAGCUGCAUGAGCUGGAGGAGAGCAAGAGCCAGGCUCUAGAGGAAUUGACUGAGUACUAUGAGACCAAAUUGCAUGAGAAGGUGUCUCAGCUGCAGCAGGCCCAGGAUGAAGCCCGACAACACCACAGAGAGUUUGAAGAGACGAAGAAGCAGAUAGAGGAGGAUGGAGACCGAGAGAUCCAAGAUGUAAAAAUAAAAUAUGAGCGUCGUCUACGGGAGGAGAAAGAAACCGUACUGCGUCUGAAGGGGGAGAACGGGAUUAUGAGGAAGAAGUUCAGCAGCCUCCAGAAGGACAUUGAGGAGCGUGCCGCAGACAUCGAGAAGAUGAGGCUGGAACAGCAGAAGCUGCAAGCUGUGAUUAAAUCUCUAGAGAAGGACAUCCAGGGUCUGAAGAGAGAGAUCCACGAGAGGGAUGAGACUAUCCAGGACAAGGAGAAGAGAAUUUAUGAUCUGAAGAAGAAGAAUCAGGAACUGGAGAAGUUCAAAUUCGUUCUGGAUUAUAAAAUCAAGGAGCUGAAGAAGCAGAUUGAACCGAGAGAGAACGAGAUCAAAGACAUGAAGGAGCAGAUUCAGGAGAUGGAAGCCGAGCUGGAACGCUUCCACAAGCAGAACACCCAGCUGGACCUCAAUAUCACGGAGCUGAAACAGAAGCUGAAAGCUACAGAGCGGGAGAUGCAGAGAGAACGGCAGAAGGUUCGUGACGUGGAAGCUUUAGUGAAACGCUUCAAGACAGAUAUGCAUAACUGUGUCGGAUUCAUUCAAGAACCCAAAAAGCUGAAGGACACCAUCCGGGAGCUGUACAGCAAAUAUGUACAGGAGAGCGACGUAGCGGAGAUCGUGGGUAUAGAUGCCGACAUCCAGCGGGAGUACGCCCGCCAGCGAGAGCACCUGGAACGCAGCCUGAGCACGCUACAGAAGAAGCUUGUGAAAGACACAGAGAUCCAUCGAGUGGACAAUGUGCGCAUCAUGCAGGAAAACGUUACACUUAUUAAGGAAAUCAAUGAAUUACGUCGGGAGCUAAAAGUCAGCCGUACGAAGGUGCACGACCUGGAGGUGGCUCUCAGGCUGGACCAGAAGAAUCGGAGGAGCAGCCUUACAGACUCCAAAGGUACAACAUCCGUCGCCGACCAUCAUUCCUCGGGGGUUCUACGGCUAAACAUCGAUGAGGAGACGGCGAGGAUCAUUGACAUGCAGAAAAUAGAAAUCAAACGACUGAGGGAUUUAAUCCAGUCCCAGGAUCUCACAGCUGGGAUGCGACCCCCAUCAGUGGGGAGAUUGCCAUCAUUGACCGCUUCCUGAGACCAAUCACACAU